AUGGAGGGGUACAAGGCGGUGACAUCACAUGUAGCCCAAGAGAAAUUUUCCGACCAUUCCAUUUUAUUAACUAUUUAUCAAACAUGUUUAUUGUCCCUGAGGAAAGACGGGGGGAUUUUGGUUAAUGGUUGUAAAUGCGAGUCAAUCGAGCCAACCGAGUCAACCGACCCAACCGAGCCAACCGAGCCAACCGAGUCAACCGGGCCAACCGAGCCAACCGAGCAAACUGAGCCAACCGACCCAACCGAGUCAACCGAGCCAACCGAGUCAACCGAGCCAACCGAGUCAACCGAGCCAACCGAGCCAACCGAGCCAACCGAGCAAACUGAGCCAACCGAGCCAACCGAGCCAACCGAGUCAACCGAGCCAACCGAGCAAACUGAGCCAACCGACCCAACCGAGUCAACGGAGGCAACCAAGUCAACCGGGCCAACCGAGCCAACCGAGCCAACCGGGCCAACCGAGCAAACCGAGCCAACCGAGCAAGCCAAGCCAACGGAGCCAACCGACCCAACCGAGCCAACCGGGCCAACCGAGUCAACCGGGCCAACCAAGCAAGCCAAGCCAACCGAGCCAACCGAGUCAACCGGGCCAAGCGAGCCAACCGAGUCAACCGGGCCAACCGGGCCAACCGGGCCAACCGAGCCAACCGGGUCAACCGAGCCAACCGGGCCAACCAAGCCAAACGGGUCAACCGUGCCAACCGAGCCAACCGAGUCUCUGCCCAAGUGA